UGGUCUCGAGAACGAAGUUGUAUUUCCACCAUGCAUAUAGAAUAAACGAUCAACAAGACGAAAUGGCUUCGAGAGAGAUUAUACAGAAAUUCAAAACGGAGACGGAAAUUGAUAAUAAGAUAAGAAGAUUGAUCGAGAUCUUAAAAAAGAAACGAGAGGAUCGCAAACGCCUGACAAAGAAAAUCAAGAUAAUAAGAAGACAACCAGAAUACGAGAUGGCAACAGGAAGUGCCAUUACAAACGUGAAAACCAAUCCAUUAAAAAAACGUCCUUGAGUGACAUCGAUGCUAGCAAUGGUAUGCAACAAAUACCAGAGGACCAAACCAUUUCACUACCACAUCACAAAAAAUGCUAACCUAGUAUCCAUUCCACUAACAAAGAAGAAACUCGGAAGAUCCAAGGUAUACCCUGAUAAACAAAAAAGAUCAUCCGAGAGGGACUAUAGUGAUUUAUCUUUACAAAUAUUAUUAAACAUAAUUAAGAUUGAUUCAAACAAAAAAAAAACAAUAGGAAGAUUUAAGAGAAACCAGAAAAACACAAAAAAAGAAACUUGUACAUUAAGCAUUACAGAGAAAUUGGAGAAAAGAAGCGACUGGAAUCCACACAAGACAUCAAGUAGCAAUAGAAGACGAGGUGGCUAAGCACAUAAAAGUCUCAAAUGGAGCACAGCCACAAGCAUAGUAAAUGGAAGUCGUAGACGAGGCUUAAACAGAUCACAUGGAGGAAUGAAACCUGGA